AUGGAUUUUGUGUGGAAUGUAAAGAAUAUUUUUGUAAAAACUGCUUUGCUUACCAUCAACGGAUCAAAGCCACAAAAAGUCACCAACUUCUUGACAAAAAGAGCAUGGGCAAAAAAAACCAUUCAAAGGAAGGAUUCAGCGGUGUGUACUGAAAAGUGUACUCGCCAUGGAAAUAAAACAAUUGAAUUUUUCUGUACCCAGCACGACUCACUUGGCUGCACAGUUUGUAUUACCCUGAACCACAGAGCAUGUAAAAUUGAUUAUAUACCUGACAAGUGUGCAGGUAUUGGGGACACUGAGGAAUACAGGGAGACAAUGAAGAAACUUGAACAGAAAAUAAAAGAGCUUCAUGAAGUAAUGAAGAGGGCAAAUGUCGAAGAUAAGGAAAUAGAUUCUUGUCAUGACAAAGCAUUACAAGAAAUUGUCAAAUUUCGGAAAGAAAUAAAUGACCAUUUAGAUAAAUCGCAAAGGAAAAUUCAAGCAGCUAUUGACAAGAAGAAGUCAGCAGACAAACAAAAAGCCCAAGAAGUCAUCAAAAUAUGUUCCAAUAAUUAUACAGAAAUAUGCAAACUUAAGUCAAAUCUACAAGACAGCAAAGCUUCCCAACAGCACGGACAACUUUACAUCAAUAUUAAACAAGCUCAGUCGAACCUAACGUCAGAUGAGGUUCAAAAAGCAGAAGAAUCCUUGGCUCAGACAAAAACACAAUAUAUAUUUGAACGCAGCAAACAGCUAGAGAAUGUGAUAUCAAAGAAGGGAAUAUUUGGGAAGCUGAGUGACCCCACCAGCCUGGUUACUCCAAAAAAGAAGAAAACCAUUGACAAAUUACCUUUUAAAGAUGAUAUAAAUGUACGCACAGAAUCAGAUGAGAAUGACUGUGAAAUAUCCGGAUGUGUAGUCUUCACCUCUCACAAAAUUGUGCUUGCUGAUCAAAUUAACUCUAAACUGAAAGUUGUGGACAGGAAAAGUAAAGUCGUGGUAGAAGAGAUGUCACUUGACUGCAGACCAGGAGAUAUUACCUUACUAUCUCAAGAUCAGAUUGCUGUAACAAUGCCAUUCAGCAAAGUGAUCUAUAUAAUGUCGACAGCUGGUAAAUUGUCAGUCAUCCGCAAGAUUCCAGUUACAGGAGAAUGUAGAGGUAUAACGUACCACCAAGAUCGUCUCUAUGUGGUUUGCGAUAAACCUAACUGUGUACGUGUUUUAGACAUACAAGGCAAUAUCCAUAACACAAUUUUCCUCAGUGAUAAGGUAUUUGACAGCCCUAACUAUAUUGCGUUCAAUGAAGAUUCUAAGCUCAUCUACAUAAGUGACUUUUCAGAUAGUGUAGCCAGCAUAACGUUACAAGGUGAUGUAUGUGCCGUAUACAAGAAUAAGGAUGUUAGGAAACCACUUGGAAUGCUGAUGUUAGCAGAUGGCUCAUUGCUGGUUUGUUGCUGUGACACUGGUAUCAUACAUCGUAUCUCGGGAGACUUGACGCAAGGUCAAACAAUGGUUAAUGGUAGAUCUAUGUGGUGCCCAUGGUUCAUAUGUUACAAUCAUUAUCAGAAAGAAGUCUAUAUUAGUGAUGGAAAUCAGCUGAAUGUGUUCAGUUUACAAUGA